CGCGGUUCCUGGUCCUGAUGUCACAUGACAGAGAGGAAAGUAGCGCUUCGGACGUCCAGAAAAACUAACACAAUUUACAAAUGUCAGUGUCACUUAGCUAACAUGGCAGGCUGAGCUCAUAAAAACCAUGACGCUGCAAGCCCCCCGCAUGUCAGCGUUCACCUUUCAGUCCGCUGUGCACAGCACCCACGUUCUCCAGUGUCUGAACGACCAGAGGCAGCAGGAUGUUUUGUGCGACGUGACCGUGGUGGUGGAGGACAGGAGCUUUCGGGGCCAUUGCUCCGUGCUGGCCUCGUGCAGCAAUUACUUCCACAGCAGGGUGACCAGUAUCAACCGACAGAAUCCUGUCGUCACCUUGCCCGAUGAGGUGACCGUGGAGGGGUUUGAACCUUUGCUUCAGUUCGCCUACACGUCAAAGUUAAAUUUCACCAAAGAAAACAUCACCGCAAUUCAGAGGAGUGCCGAGUUUUUAGGGUUUCACAACUUGGAGACGGCUUGCUUUGAUUUCCUCAUCCCAAAGUUUUCAAAGGGUAAAAAGAGCUCGCAGGUGGUCAGGCACCGAGCGUGUUGUCAGAGCUGGGAGCACAGUGCCAGUUUUGGCUCCGGUGUAGACAGUAGCCAAGCCGAAUCAUUUGAGUCGCACGGCUCAGCACCUCCAGGAGGCGAUGAGCAAACAGGCUUCCCAUCACAGUGCCCUCCGAGCACACAGGGUCAGGCAAACAGUGGGAAGGAAGGCUUUUGUUUGGACAACUGCGGGCCACAAAUGGCUCCCUUAUCUCUUGAGUUAGCCGCAAAUGGUGUAUGCCCCGUGUUGUCUCUGCCGUGCCCGGGCUCUGACAAAGUGGAGCAUCCCUCUCAGUUUUGCGAAAGAGAUAUUUUACAAAUGGAAGACGCGUGUAAUCAAAGUGAGCUGAGUUUGGCAGGUUGCAGCUUACGCUGUGAGCUGUCAACAACGGAGGGUGUGAAUGCACCGGAAACCAUUGAGCCGGCAGGCGGAGAUAAUCGACAAACGGUUGAGAUACUCGGUGCUGAAAACGACUGCGAUCCUAGCUCAUGUCCACUCAAGACAUCAGGGACACAAGAUGCUGCAGCAUUAGAGCUCAGAGAAGCUGGCCUGGAGCAGGGGGAUACAGGGGACCCCCCAGACCCCGCAUUAAUGCCCCUGAGUCCCCAAGAGGGAUGUGAGGACCGGAGUCGUGUGGAGAGGGAGGUGGCUGAGCAUCUGGCAAAGGGGUUUUGGUCUGAUCUGUGUACGUCUCAGAGCGCACCACAACCCCCUGAUCCGGGGAACCAAAAUAAUAAUCUGGCAAAGGCAACGGACUUCCACUGGCUGAAGCAGCUGGACCUCAGCUCCAGCGUGGGAGACUGUCCCUUCCUCAGGGACUUCGGAUCAGGUGACGAUCCAGGUACAAACGCCGACAGCUUGUCCCAAGCCGAGAAGAGCCCCUACAUGUCGUCCUCGCUGAAUUCGGGGGAUGAAUCCGAAAUGGACACGGAUGGAGAUACCGAGGCCAACAACAAAAGAGCCGCAGAGAUUCACCUCCCGUUCCCAGUGGAGCAGAUCUCAGAACUGAGCAGGAGUGCGUUCCAGCAGCUUCUGAGGGAUCAUCGUCUGACUCCAGAUCAGCACGACUUUGUCCACGACGUCCGUCGGCGAAGUAAAAACCGGGUUGCCGCACAACGCUGCCGAAAGAGGAAGCUGGACAGCAUCCAGCUACUCGAAUGUGAAAUCAAACGAUUAAAAAGUGAGAAGGAGCAGCUGGUUCAGGAGCGAAUAGAGCUGGAACAAAACCUGGACGAGAUGCAGGAGAACCUGUGUGGCCUAUGGAAAAGCGUCAGCAUCGAGCCCGGCUCCGAUCAGGACCACUUGCAGCUUCUCGCCAAGCUUCCGUCAUCAGACUUUCCCAUCUCCUCCCUCAGCGUUGCGGAAAAAAAUGAAGAGUCACAGAUCACCCUGGAAGUGGUAAAUUCCUCGUCGGAGUGUGAUCGGAGCGGCCUGCCUUCGGAGUUGGUGGAGACUUCUGCACUACAGGCCUGCACAGAGGAUGCAAGCUGCCCUGUUCCUGCGUCUUUGCUCAAUGCCUGUUUGGACAUGACCAACAGCUUGUAAGUCGGCUCGGGUUGCACUCUCGUUUGGAGUUACAGAGGACCACAGAGCGAACUGCUGAUCGUUACUUUAUACUGUAAUCCUCUUUUUGUAUAGCCUGCUCUUUCUGUGUAUUCCCCUCAGUAAUCUUUAAGGCCCUGACACACCAAGCCGACUGUCGGCCGUCGAUGAGCGUCGGUGCGCGUCUGUCGGGCUAGUUUCCCCGGAUUCGACAUGUCAAAUCGGCAUCGGCCGUCGGGCAACCAGCUCAGCUGUGAUUGGCUGUUCAGGUAGCGAAUCAGUGCACGAGAAGAGAAACGGAAGUGACGAAAGCAAACAAACAGCUUCCGGUUUUCCCUUGUUUUUGAGUGAAUACAGACUACCGCUGCCUGCUGGUAUGGAGGGGAAUUACCUCUCACGCAUGCGCAGAACGUACGUGCUAGUCGGCCGUUGGGUGUCGUCUUUGCGGUGUGUCUAGUGCUUCUUUUUGAGCCCGACCCAGCCCGACACAGGCGACGCGAGGCAACACAGCAGUCGGCCGACAGCGGGCGACGUCGGGUUGGUGUGUCCCCGGCUUUAACCCAACAGGAGUAUUUUAAACAGACACAACUGUCAGUAUAAUUUCUUUUGCUGUGUUUCUAAUCUGCAUUUGACUGUAAGACACUGCAGGAUACUGUAUUCAUCACUUUGAAGGUGCAAGAAAUUUUCAGGUAAUUUUUUUAGUUUCAUUGAUAAAUUGGGACUUUUUAAAAUGUGUUCUUAAAUUAGGCUAGUUUUUCUCAGGGAAACUAAUAGCCUGACUGUACUUUAUGUCUUACUGCACAAUCACACUUCCCACAUCCAAACACUUACGCAUAAAGACUUUCUAUUAUUUCAGCUGACAAAUGAAUUGCUAUCAUCAUCACAGUUUGUUUUUUCUUCUAACCACUGAGCUUUGUGUUUUAUUGAAGAUGCACAGAACUAACAGGAUUUUGUACAACAGCUGAUAAUCAUGUGAUUUUUACAACUAAUGUAACGUCAUUCACUAAAUGCAUUAUUUGAAUUCACUGUGAGCUUCCCCUGAAAUUUAAGGAAUGGUUCUUGAGAGUUUGAAAAUGUUACAGGUUAACAUAGGAAUUUAUGUUUGUUUGAUUAAUAUGUGCCUUUUACUGCAUUAUGAAGUGUUCAAAAUGAAUACUGCAAUUCCAAAUGAAAAGUAUUAUUUGCAAGUCUUUGUCUCAAGCACUGUUGCACAUUAACCCAAAACUAAUAUUGAUGGCAUUAUUCUCUCACAUUUAGAUCUGUCUGCAUGUUGAGUAUUUUUUAUAAAAGUCCUCAGUUACAGAUUUAAAUAAACAUUUUAUCGUUUAGUGCUUUAUUUCAAUCCACGGCAAAUGGUAAUUGUUCACUCUGUUAUAUAUGUGCAGUUACAACUUUUGGCCGCUAGAUGGGAGCAAAGCUCUAUUUCACAAUCUGCACAACUUUGAAUGGAAUUACGUAACUGCAUGAUUCUUAAUGUCUUAAUGUCUUCUUAGCUUUCUUUUGGACAUUUUUAUGCAAAUUUAUACAACUCUUUCAGAACUUUAAAAAAAUGACAUGUAGGAUUGUAGCUUAGUUGCAAUCCUACAUCGAAAAAUUACAUUUUAAAAUAUAAAAUAAAUAGUUUUUGAGUUAGUUUUACUGAUCUGCUGGUUUCAGAGUGGUAGAGCAAAGAAGUGUAAUUUAGGGUUAAAAAUAGACUCAAAGAUGUGAAAAAGAUUCAAAUGAAAGGUUAAUUUAGAUGACUGUGAUGAGUUACCUAAAUGAUGUAAAAAGCAAAGGUGCCCUGUAAUUGGGAUGUAAGACUUAUUGGUGGUAGCCUUGUAUGCUUUUAUUUAUUUAGGAAUAUAUACAUUUCACGCACCUCACAUGAUUUAUUCUGCAAUGUACACAGAUGGUGGCACUUGAUUUUCCUUCAUGGUGAAUAUUGUUAAAAAUACUGUUGAGAUACAAUAAACGGUACAUUCAGAUGCUCCCAAGGUGACCCCAUGUUUGGAGUGUUUGAUGAUAUGACUCUGAUCACCACACUAACGCAGCGUUUAUGCAAAAACCCACACUUUUAAUGCACAACCCCUUGUUGAGAUCAUACAAAGUCAUGUUAUAUUUAACACAAAGUGAAACAAGAAUAUUUCAGACGCGACGUAAAAUGACCACCUCAGGGAUGUGUCCCUCUGUUAACGACUGAGAGUUUGCGGUUUGGAGUACAGCCUUGUCAGCUUUUCCAGAGUUAUGGCAUUGGCAAAAGAAGAAAAACAAACAGGAAAUUGUGAUUUUAUCUGGAGGUAAAUCUGUGACCUUCGAGAUAUGACGUUUUUGUUGUUUUUGUUGUGUGGUGGCAGUGACUUUAACUUGUCACCUCUAAAUUGUGUUUAUCGUUGAGUCCAAGUGAACAUUUGUCACUGAGUUCCUUCAAGUUGUUCCUUAGAUGUCAUUUACACAUAAGACAGAACAUAAACAAACUGCAUGUGGCUACAGCUUUCACCGGUACGAAGAUGUUUAAAAAUAUUAUUGAUGCUUACACUAUUAUUACUUGUCACAUUCCACACAAUAUUAUCAUUUUUCUACAUAUAUAUAAUUAAAUUUAAACCUCUGCACAUCUACACAUUCAGUGAUUUUGCUUUGAUUCAAAAGUUCAUUGAAGAAAAACAAGAUUGAUGAUAUUAAUACAAAAGGUUGCUGGUUUGAUCCCCACUUUCCCAAUUCAAGUGUGAAAAUGUCCUCGGGCGAGAUACUGAAGUCCCGUCGCCCGUCACGUGUGUUCCCUAAACUAGUAUUGGUUACAAGGAUCUGUCAAUACAAUGUAAUGAGCCCAUCAAAUGAUUAUUAAAUAGAGAACAACCUUUUUUUUUAGAGGUGGCAUAGAUUUGACCUGAUAUCAGAAUACUCAAGGAUAAAAGGAUGCAGAUAGAAGGGAUGCUCUGUUGUGCUACUGUGACAUCAAUUUAAAAAAAAAAAAGAUCAAUUAAAAUAAAUCACCUUCAAUUAGCUGGUCCUAUCUAUGGUUUUCCCUCCCUAAAGAUUUCUCCCCAGUGCUUAUAUCUUUUAUACAGUUUAUGUCUUAGAGCAUUGUAGUGCGAAAGUAAGAUUAUCCUCUUUUGCAAGCUAGACGGGGUGAGAGGCUUGAUUUGAGGCGGGAGCAGCUGUGCAGCAAAGCAAGGUCAAAGGCCUGUAAUCCGCGGCCUCAUUCAUGCUAGAUUAAAAACCUGCUCCGAGUUUUGAUUAAGAACGCAGGGUUAGAAGAUUAAAGACCAGGAAACAAAAUGAAAGCAGUUAAAGCCCAAUCCUGGAAUUCAUCAGAAUACCAAAACAGUUAUAACGUGAGAUUAAUGCAAAGCCUGCUGUAUCUGUCUUGUAUCUUCUGUGUCAGAGCCUUCAAAUUUAUCUUUUUUUCCCCCACAAAUCUGGAAAAUCUUUCACCUCAUAGUGCAUUGUCACUAUUCAGCUCCAUCUCUUCUUUUUUUACUGCUCACUCAUGAGUUUUGUAAUUACAAGUUUACAGAUGUUAUUUAUAUAUUUAUGCUUUUGCUCACAGUAAACGAUUUUGUUUAACCAUUUACCACGCUAAUAACCGUGUUUGGUAACUAGCAUAAGCUUACAUACUUAACAAUUUUAAUAGAAAAAAGAGUUUUCCAGUAAUAUUCUCCAAUAAUCAUCAUCUAAAGUAAAAUUUUACAAAAUGCAAGUGUUUUAUUCACUGCCCUAUAAAAGGUUAGGAAUGUCACUUUUAUAUAGAAUUUGAAGUGAAUUGAA